UCGAACAGCAUGCGUAUACCAACUGCUGCCCUCUUUGCCAAACGUCAAGCACGCACUCCACAAAACGAGGCUGAUGUUCCAUUCCAAGAGAUUUUACCAUUGCGUCUGAAGAACACUGUCAGUGGUAAAGCAGAUUCGGGUUCAGAUGUAGCCUGUCUGCAGGAGAUGUCAGUGCUGUUUGCCUGCCUCAAGGAGAAUGAUUUCGUGGAGAAAAUGUGUCACAAGGAAAUCACACAAUUUAAACGAUGCUACAAAGUCUAUAUGGAUCGGAAAGCAACCGCCAAGGAAACCAUUAAUAAGGGUAUUGUUACACCCGGCAAAGAGCUAAAUUAUAAACAAUUGAAUAAGUAUAUGAGACGGUUCCCAAAUCCUGAAUAA